AGUAGACACAGAGAGCCGCGGUAGGAGGGGAGGGAGGCAGACAGAAACUCGGGGAGCUCCUCCACACAACGGGGAGGGAGCGCUGGUUGUGCUUGUCGAAGGGAAGCUUGUCCAGCUCGGAGCAUCCCCCUCCGCCUCCCGGUCACGGUUUAGCGUGUCAGAGCGGCGUUUGACUCCCGUCGCCACCUGGUCUUAUUUAUAACCGACGCAAAAAAAAAAAAAAGAAAAAAAAUCGGAUGGGACGUACCGCCGAGCAGAGCAGAGACACUCCCGGAAAUAGCAUGCGUACUCUCAGCCUGUCACGUAGGCUCGCUGAGGAUUUGCAUUGCUGUAUGGCUGCCGUAGGUAGUAGAUUUCCGACGCUGCCUGAAUAUGUUUAAAAGGCGCACUGAACCAAACGCAGAGCUGCAGAGUGACUGCUGAAGUCAGAGCGGACCAAGUAUUGGGGACAUGAUACUUGCAGUGCUCCUCUCCGAAAGAGGAAGCAGCGGCUCUGUUGGAAAAUGAAGGGAGGACGUGAGGUACGUGUGCACCCAGCAGACGACGAGAUCAAAUGGAGAGUUUGGGGCUGAAGGAGCUCUUGAAGACAAACUCUCGCCUUGGACCAACAGUCUUGUCAGAGUCGCAGGAGAGAAGAAGCCAGCAGACAGAGAUCUACAGCUCAUACCAGGCAGACAUGGGUCUGAACGGUUUCUGCGCAGGGGCCACUGGGACUCAGACGGCUGCUGAGCUCCUCGCCGACAUGGCCUCGCAGACAAACUCCCCAGGCAUCACCAGCCCAACAAAGCAGUCCAAAAGCGGCGUUCCGCUCUACAACGGUGGGGUGGUGUCUCCGUCUGCCACCGUGGAGGCCAGCCAGGCUGAAGCUUUGGCCCACAUGCCCCAUAGUUACCCGGGUCAAGUGAAUGGGAUGGGCGCAAAGACGGGUGGCUCCGUCUGCACUUUUAACAGUAGAGGCCUCACGAUAGAGGAUGGGGACAGAACGGCUCAUGACAUAUGCUCUUUAGGAACGAGGAGAAUCAACGAGGACCUGAAAGUCAGGCAGGCACAGCAGCAGCAGAAGAGGAGGAAUGGAGAGAAUUGGGACGGUGGAUCAGAAAUCCUCAAUGGCCAUGUCAUGGGGUCGCCAGGGUUAGGAUGCUCAGCAGACCCAGAUUGUGGAGCAGGGGAGUCAGAUAUAAAGCGGCGGAAGUUGGCUGAUGGAACUGUUGCUAACAAAUCAUCCGAACCACGCAGAGUGGCCCGAGCAGUCGCCCCGCUUAGAGACACCGUCAACAGCAGCAGCUCUCACAACCAUCCAAACUGCUCUCCUGAAAAUGCUAACUUGCGAAAUGGACAUUACACUGCAUCCCCAGAUCCUGCAGCUGUACCAAGCCUACACUCCAUCCCUGGCCUGCUGCCUCCUGCAGGGACCGGCUGGUCAGCGGAGCGCAUCGCCAAGCAGUACAUCAUCCCCUGCAUGAAGUACUACGGUAUUUGUGUGAAGGAUAACUUCCUCGGCAUGCAACUGGGAGACAGUGUCCUGAAGGAGGUGGAGGCUCUGAACCAGAGUGGGAAGUUCCGGGGCGGACAGCUGGUGAGCCAGGCGGACAUUCCCUCCCGGAACAUCCGAGGCGACCAGAUCGCCUGGGUGAAGGGGCAGGAACGAGAGUGCCAAAGCAUCGGGACGCUGAUGGCUCACAUUGAUGAGGCCAUCUUGUACAGCGCUGCCAAUGGACAGCUGGGGAACUGUGUCAUCAAUGGACGCACUAAGGCCAUGGUUGCUUGUUAUCCAGGGAAUGGGGCUGGAUACGUCCGCCAUGUUGAUAACCCAAACGGCGAUGGACGCUGCCUCACAUGCAUCUACUAUCUUAACAAGAACUGGGAUGUUAAGACACACGGAGGUUUGUUGCAGAUCUACCCCGAGGGCAAAAACGUGGUGGCCAAUAUCGAGCCUGUGUUUGACCGGCUGCUCAUCUUCUGGUCUGACCGCAGAAACCCACAUGAAGUGAAGCCAUCUUACGCCACUCGGUAUGCCAUCACAGUCUGGUACUUUGACGCCAAAGAGAGGUCGGAGGCUAAAGAGAAGUACAAACUGGCAACAGGACAGAAGGGCAUUCAAGUGCCUGUCACUCAGAACAGCAGGUCAUAAAAAAAUCUCUCCCAAGUGUCCAGAGAGUACCCUCAAAGUAUUAUGUGCCUUCCUCUACCGCUGACGGACACUACGAUCACAAUGGGAGGCGCGGUGAAACCUUCAGCAAGUGUCCAGCUGCUUGAUUCACACGGCGAGCCGCAGGGUGAGGAUCCGGCUGCUGAUCAAACACCUGGCAGGAAUAACAGGAGCACAGCGGACUGGCUCGGACGGCAACGGUGGGCUCAGAAGAUAUGAGACUGGAUGGAAAAAAAAAAAAAAAAAAAAGACUUUGACAUCUCGAAGGCGCCCCCACUACAGAACAAAAUGACUGACUGUUGUUUUUUCGUUGCAUUUCUGCUUCUUCAGUUUUCAGCGAUUUUGUGAUGUUUUAACACAUCAAUGAAAGAGCAGUGAAAUCUAAGUCCUAAGUUCCUUUAUCUCACUUGUAUGUGACGGUGGCCUCGUCUCUUGGCGGUGUGUGUGUGCGUGUGCGUGUGACAAGAAACAGGGGCCGAAUAUUGGCUUCAGGCUCAACAUUUCAGAUGAGGACAGCAGUUUUAUUCUCAACAAGUGCAUCUCAAUCAAUUAAAAUAAUUUGAUUCAGAAGGUGAACCCCACAUCGCAGAUUCCUUAAUGUAUUUAUUUCAGUUUUGAUGAUUACGCUCAUUAAAUCAUCCAUUGUUACUUCUCUGGGUGUGGACAAGGGCCACGUUCUGCUGAAAAAAUGAAUGUGAAUCUUUGUAGGGUUUUCAGCAGAUGGAAGCAUGAAGUCCUCUGGAAAAUUUUUGGAAGACACAAUCAUGCUUUAAAUUUGAAGGGUUUUGCUUCAGAGCCCUCUCCAGGCUAACCUUAUCCCUGUUGCUUGUGAAACCUUUUCCUUCCACUCAACUUUUCAGUAAUAUGGUUGGAUACUGCAUACAGACUUCUAAAUGGCCUUACCAUCACAUUACUCUCAAGUCUACAGUUCUUCCUGAUGCUUGUGCAAAAUUGCUUCCACUCAACUGCAUAGAGACUUCUAAAUGGCCUUACCAUCACAUUACUCUCAAGUCUACAGUUCUUCCUGAUGCUUGUGCAAAAUUGCUUCCACUCAACUUUAUAUGAUUUGAAACAGCACAGUAUGAACAGCCAACUUCUUUAGCAGUGACGUUAAAUAAAAAGUGACUUUUUAUUUAAAGUGCUGCUGAAUAACGUCUGUCAAGUCAGCAGUUUGUCUUUUGUGCACCUGAUUCCACCAAAGUUUUGCCUUCCACUCAACUUUCCAGAAAUAUGCUUUGAAAAGUGAUGUUAUAUUUAAAUUUUCUGAGAAGCUGAAUUACAAGUUGUCUUUCGCCACAAUCAUCUAAAUGAACCGAAAUACGGUAAAUACUUAAAAAAUUCACCAUCGUGUGCAAGGAAUCUGUAUAAAAUGAAUAUUGCUUCUUGAACUGAAUUACUGAAAGAAAACUUUCCGGUGAUUUUUCUAAUUAAUUGAGAUGCACCUGCAGAACACAUCAAGUAGACAAACUUUUACAGGACGUUUUGCUUUUCGUAGCUUAGAAUAAUUUUUUUCAUCCAGACUCAAAACUGCAGCUCGACAUAACGCCCAGGAAUCCACAGUGAAUAUAUAUCUUGGGGAUUUGUUCAUUAGCGUGUUGAUCUCUGCACACAGCUCACACCUGAGACAAGAGGCAGGCGGUUCUGCUAAGGGCAAACGAGAUGGUGGCGGCGGGGGGCGGGGGGGUUGAACAAGUCCGCUGUGUGUGUUAAUGUUGCCUUUCUGUGCGUUCAUACCAAGAUGGACCAGAGUGGAACAAAUCCGGCCGAGAAAUUCCCCCACAGAAAAAGGACAACGUGACAGCGGCUUAAGCAAAGUUUUUUUUUUUCAUAAUCUUAUGACUGAAAAUCUGUUGGUCUCUAAACUUAAGACAAUUGGAGUGUAAAGCACAGAUUUUUUUUUUUUUUUUACAACUAAACACCGCGGGUGAAAUAUUUGCCUGCUCACAUGUGGGAUUGAGUAUUUCAGAGUGUAUAUGUUGGUGUGUCGAUUUCCUCUGACCCCGGAGAGGGGUCGCAGGUAUUGUCUCAGUGUUUUGUUUUUUUUUGUUUGUUUUGUUUGCUUGAUUGGUUGAACAGAAGGUUAUUUGACAAAAAAAAUUAAAAGCACUUUAUUGUUUAAACACAGUCAGCCAUGUGUGAAUGAUAGAAAUAGUGUAAAGAUUUAGGUUAAUGCCUUUUAAUGCUGUGGAUGAUUUGGUAUUCGAAUGCAAUACAAACUUAAACAGUGAGUUUAAAUAAAUGUUAUGCCUUGUUUUGAAGUAUUUAA